CACAAUCAUAACAGCAGGAGUGAUAUCACGACGGAGCGCUCUACGAGCAGACUGCUAAGGUUAUAUAGGUAAUUUUAAAGUGGAUUUCGGUGCUCAGGACCACUGAGCGACCAUGGAAGAACUUACAGCGUUCGUCUCGAAAUCUUUCGACCAGAAAACCAAGGAGAGCAGUAAGGAGAGUAUCACGUACAGGGAAGUUUUGGAGAGUGGCUUGGCGCGGGCAAGGGAGCUAGGGAACUCGGAGACAAGUCUACAGGACAUAACGGAAGGCAGCAACCACUUCCCAGUACAUCUAUUCAAGGAGCACAUAGAGCUAGAGAAAGAAAAACUCAAGGAGUUUAACGUUUCAAGGGCCACAGAAGGGAUAUAUGAGUGUAAAGAGAAGAAGGAGGACGUAAAGUCUGAGGACGAGGACGCACAGAGCAAACUGAAGCAGCGGCGGAGCAGGACAAACUUUACUCUGGAACAGCUCAACGAGCUGGAGCGCUUGUUCGACGAGACUCACUACCCCGACGCCUUCAUGCGGGAAGAGUUGAGCCAGAGGCUGGGACUGUCAGAGGCAAGAGUGCAGGUUUGGUUUCAAAACAGAAGAGCAAAAUGUCGGAAACAAGAAAACCAGAUGCAUAAAGACACUUCUUCCUACUUUCCAGGUGUCAUUCUGGGCACUGCCAGUCAUCUUGAUGCCUGCAGAGUAGCGCCCUACGUCAACAUGGGAGCUCUACGGAUGCCUUUUCAACAGGUUCAGGCCCAGCUCCAGUUGGAGAGCGUGGCUCACUCCCACCAUCACCUGCACCCUCACCUGGCAGCGCACGCACCCUACCUGAUGUUCCCGCCCCCACCCUUCGGACUUCCAAUCGCCUCGCUAGCGGACUCAGCCUCUGCAGCGGCGGCCGUGGCUGCGGCUGCCAAGAGCAACAGCAAGAACUCUAGCAUCGCCGAUCUCCGACUCAAGGCAAGAAAACAUGCUGAAGCUCUGGGUCUCUGACCUCACCGGGCUUCCCCUCCACUUGCCCCACGCCCUCAUAAUAACCCACUUCUCACACAAGACUGAGCCCAGUGAUCGGGUCUGAUACUUAUAGCUUAAACAAAAAAAUAAAAAUAAAAACACUGAGUGGGAGAAUGUAAGAGAGAGACAGAGAGAGAGAAAAAUAAAUACACAGGUAAAGGGAGGGGUAGAGGAUAAGUGGAGGAAGAGGAGGAGGAGGCGGUGGAAGAUGGAGGAUGGAGCGAGAAAAUUGUCACAAAACCAGCUAUCAAAACAACCACUUGUAGAGAGAACGGUAUAAAUAAAUACCAAUGAAAUCUCCUUUUACUUUUCGCCCAACAGGCAGGACUUCUGCGGGGCCAGUGGCUCAGUCCACUCCAGGCACACAUCACAAGUCCAGGACCAUACAAACACAUGUGGAUGUCUGUCUGAGCUGAAGGACAGGGCCAGGCCAGGGCCAGGCUAAACCAGGCCAGACCAGACCAGGAGACUUUAGAACAAAGCAAACUGUCAAAGCAAGCAAGCAGGUUGCAAAUACUAGAGCCUCACUGAAUCCGAUGCCGUCACGUUGACUUUACAGACUGUUGCAUGUGUGAGAAAAGACACUGACAACACAAGGCAUCCGACCCGCUCUAAACUUUACACACAAAAAAGACAAAACAAAACGCAAAAAAAAAGACAUAAGAAAUGGCCACUGUGUUGUUUCCUGCCGCUGCCCAGUGCAUGAGUUUGAUUGCAGGACUGCAGGUCUAUCAUGGAGCCUGGCCUUUAUGUUGUAUCUGACCUAACGCCCCAAUUCUGUUGUAUCACUGCCAUUCAAACCGCCCUCUAUACCCCUCAUCCACAAGGUCAAUUGUCAUUUGGGUUUGAUUUCCUUUAAACUUUUGACUGACAGGAAGAAGCAAUUCGAAUUCCUUAUGUUUUCUGCUUUCGGAGGACGAAGAUAUGUGUUGCCAGGAAUGUGUCUGAGUCCAAAUGUCUUUUAGCUUUUCUCCUCACAUUGUUCGCUCUCUCUAGCUUUCUUUCUUUCUGUUUAUAGUGCUAUUUCCUAGGAAUAGAAGUUAAGAUAUUCUUUGCACUUCAGGUUUUGUAUGUGUGCGUUUACAAAUGGCACUACUAGAAGAUACUACUUUACUAAAUGAGGCGGGAAUAGGAACCAAUUUGGUUUUUAUCAUGUCAUCAAAAGAGACGUUCACAAAACGUUUCGAAGGAUAAAGGGUAUAACUGCAAUUUUUUUGUAAUUUUUAAAACAUGAAGGAAGCAUCAGUUAAACUGAAAUGCACGUUUGUGCAGUUUAAGUGCAAUACUGUAAAUAUGAAAAAGUUAUAAAAUAAUAAUAAACAAAUUGUUCAUUGCUCAUUUUAAACAAAUGAUUUUCAGUCAUUUAUUUCAUGCACUGAUAAAAUCGGUGUGUCUAAUUUCUUUGCCAAACAGAUCUGUUUUUCCUAAAGCAUUGUAUUAUGUUGCGAACUCAUCCUCAAUCA